AUGUAUGCUGAAACCAAAUGGAUCAACUACACGGAGGGAUUUGAGGGUAAUCCGCCUCCUCCGAAACUAAAACUCAACAUUUCUCUAAUUUCUGAAAAGUUUUUGAAAUCGAAAAAUCCAAAAAUUCGUACGUUUUUUCUGGAUGAAACCGAUGUGGAAAAUGUGGAAAGUGAGAUGAAAAAAUGCAAAAAUCAAGAAGAAAAAGAUAAAAAAUCAAUGGAGGUUCUGAGCAAUCUGAGCAACUUCAUGAAAAUCUUCAAAAAGCAGAUAUAUCUUCGAACAAUUCCCGAUACUCAAAUUGGCUUUAAUAAAAAUCGCUUCGUUUUUCUUCACGAAGCUCUAGAAUCGAUUCCGCUAGCGCUGAAAUUUCAGAAUUUGUCAAAUUUGGAAAACGGGACAAAAGAUUUCGAAAUGUAUUCCAAACAAAUGGGACCACUGGAAGAACUCGAUACUUUAAUGACAAUCAAAAUUGAGCAAUUUGAAGAGAUGCUGACUGCUUUCAAUGUGGAUAAACGACAGAUUACGAUAAUCACUGAUCCAACACACGAACCGAGUCGUCGUCAAAUCUACGAAACUGGCAAAGUUUCUGGAAUUUUCUCUCCGGAUUCUAGAAUUUUUCUAGACAAAUCCAGAGCGAUUUUUCUGAUUUUCCAGAAUUUAAUUAUGGGAGUUAAUUGGCAAAAAAACGAUAAUUGGAUUUUGAAAUCACAACUUUUGGAAUUUAUAACAGAAGUUUCGGAAUCAGCGGAGGGAACCUACCAUUCGGAAUCUUCAAUUCGGCACAAAAUUCAAAAUUUCAAAAAAUUUUACGUUUAUUCAAACGAAUCUGAAAAUUCUGAAAAUCUUCUUCUUCAAAAUUCCCAUCCCUCAGCGGAAGUUCCAAUCUCUGAAUAUGAAAAAAACGCCAAAAGAUUUGACUUACCGAUUUUUUCGAAUUUUUCGAAAAACCCAAAAAAUCUCAAAAUUUGGAUGGCUCGAUUUUUCCUAAAUCUCGGAUGGAUUUUUGCAUUUUUCAAGAAAAAUGAGCAUGAAACUGAGCAAUUGAGAGAGGAAAUGCUCAAAAUUGUGCUCUUUUUGGUACCGGACCCUCGAUUUUCUAACCAGUGUGCACAGUUUUUGGUGGGCAAAUUAAAAAAAUUGGAAGUCAUUUUUUUUUUGGAAAUUUUGAUUUUUCCAGGAACACUUGCUGAGCCACAACUUUGGAAAAUGGCCAAAUAUCGAAUCUCAAAAUCUGCCAAAUUUUCAAAAAAUAAAUUCCAAAACUGCACAAAAAAUUGGAAAAACCGAAGAAAAAUGGUUCGAAAAGUAUCUGAAAAAGUGAGAAGGUUACUACCGAAAAAUCCAGAAAUUUCAAUAGAAAUGAAAGAUUUGAAAACUGGAAAAAGGUGA